AGGAGGGCGCUGGGUGCGGAGGCCCCACCUUUCAUUCCGGAGCUGUACCGGCCUGGGAGGGAUGAGUCAAGACUGGCUGGCUUGGCUGUGCACCUCCCCAUAGGUGAGGGACUCGGACCUCUCGGGCAGAAAACUGCGGCGCCUGCUCGUCCUAGCCUUGGCCUGGCUGGGUGCUGGAGUGCUGGGUCUGCCGGGUCUGGCCUCUGGGGCCACGGCUGGCUUUCCCUGAUGUAUGGCAAGAGCCCCGCGCGUGUGCUUCCACUUCUCCUGAGUUUACAGCUCACAGCCCUUUGUCCUACAGCUGCUGUGGAAAUUUACACCUCCGGGGCCCUGGAGGCCGUCAACGGGACAGAUGUUCGGUUAAAAUGCACCUUCUCUAGCUUUGCUCCUGUGGGAGAUGCGCUAACUGUGACGUGGAAUUUCCGACCUCGAGAUGGGGGUCGCGAGCAGUUUGUAUUCUACUACCACAUGGAUCCCUUCAAGCCCAUGAGUGGACGGUUCAAAGACCGGGUGGUCUGGGAUGGAAACCCUGAGCGGUACGAUGUCUCCAUCUUGCUCUGGAAACUGCAGUUUGAUGACAAUGGGACAUACACCUGCCAGGUGAAGAAUCCACCUGACGUUGAUGGUGUGAUCGGGACCAUCCGGCUCAGCGUUGUGCACACUGUGCCCUUCUCCGAGAUCUACUUCCUGGCGGUGGCCAUCGGCUCUGCUUGCGCGCUGAUGAUCAUAAUCGUAAUCGUGGUGGUCCUCUUCCAGCACUUCCGGAAAAAGCGAUGGGCAGACCGGGCUGAUAAAGCUGAGGGGACAAAAUCAAAAGAAGAGGAGAAACUCAACCAAGGGACCAAGGUCUCUGUUUAUGUGGAAGGCACAGACUAACGCUGUGAGAGGAUGAGGAUUUUUGAGGACAGCAUCAACACCCCUUGAAAUCAAUGGGAAUGUUUCCAGUGAAGACGUGUCGUCCUACAGGUUCUGCAGCACAGACCUGCCUAGAUGAACAACGCCCCUGACUGGCAGCUUUGGGUUCUGCCUGAGCCACGGGCUGAGGCUCACCUUCAUUACUACGGUUCUCAUUCCAGAGCACAACUGUGCCUUAGCUUUUGCAAAUGGAGAGGUUACAUGUUUGUCCUUCCACAUUCCUAUGGUGUGUGACUCCAGUACUCCUGUGUAUACUGGCAUCAGAGGGGUAAGAAGCCAACUAGCUUGUCUGCCCGGGUACGCCUCCUUCUCACAAUUUAGUUUCUUUAGAACAGUGCACGGGUGUGCUAAGGGGUCUGGAGAGAUGGCUCAACUGACCUCUUGCAGAAGAUCCCAGUACAGUUCCCAGCACCUAUUCUAGGCUAGGGGAUGUGGCACUCUCUUCUGGCAUCUGCAGGCACUGAAUGCAUGUGGCACCUGCAGGUGGCCGCCCCGCCCCCGUAAGAUGAAAAUAAAUGAAGCAAAACAUUCCAGCCAUUUCGGAUUAAUACCAAAACCCAAAUUCACAUGGGAAGUCUGAUUUUUCAUGGUUGUCUUUAAAUGGAAACAUCCUGUUUUACUGAUUUUUUUUUUCAGUAUCCUAGGUUUAUUGUCAAUUAUCCCAAGGCUUAUAGGUGACAGUGCAAGUCUAAGGACAGUAACUACAAAAGGUCACAAGAACACCAGGACGCCAGCAAGCUCUACCAGGAUGAAUCGCUCAGCAUCACUUUUAUAUUUAUUUAUUUAUUUUUAGACAGGUUCUCACUAUGUAGUGCUGGCUGGUCUAGAGCUAACUAUGCAGAGUUGGCCUCAAACCUAGAGACACCCCGUGCCUCAGCUCUCAAGGGCUUCAGUUAAGGGUGCACCACCACAUCUCGCCCAGCUGUAGGUCUGUAAUGAGCACAGCCAACUUGCUAUGCGCUCUCUUUCACCCUCACCUCAGAAGCCUCUGUUCAUUUGCAGGCUGGAGUUAUUAAGCAAUUUACUAGAGGACUUUGUGAUACACUGUAACUUAAGAAAAAAAAAAAAACAAAAAAAAAAAACAACCAACUUGUGAAGAAGGCCAACCCAAAGCAAAUGACCAUUUUUUAUAGUCUUAUGUGUGAGAACUGGAAGAGAUCAUUUAAAGUUCUUUUGGUUUUAAUUCACCUUAUUUUAAGGAGAAUUUGCCAUGGACCAAAAAAAAUACCAAAAACUACCUAAGUGGAAUGAACCACUUUUAUUUUUCCCUUUAUUUGAGUAUAAAGCAAACUUUUCACGUGGCCUACGGAAAGAGGAGGGAUGGCUUUCUUCUUUGUGUCUAGUCACACAGUCUGUGCAAACUAGCACUGUUUGGAGAACAGAGAACAUCUAAAAGUUCAGGUCCGGGGUGAAUCUUUGUCAUGUGAUGGUUUAGUCUUCACUGGCUGGGCUGCACAGAUUAUUUUUAAUAAACUGGAAUUUCCAAAAGAUUCUAUUUCUACAUAUGGGAUCAUGAUAUUUUACCCAGUCUUUAAAAACAAAUUGGCAUAAUUUACAUAUAAAUUUUGGUCUUGAAAUUCAUUCUAUACAUCUUGUUCUGCUUUUUAGAAUUCCUAAAAAAGGUUUUGUUCUUAUUUUUCUCCCUCCCCCUCUUUCUCUUCAAGAUUAAGGAAGGGUCUCACUAUAUAGCUCUGGCUGUCCUGGAACUCAUUUUGUAGACCAGGCUGGCCUUGAACUCAGAGAUCCCACUGCCUCUGUGUCCCCAGUGCUAGGAAUUAGGGCCUGCUCCAUCAUUCCCUUGUCUAAAGUUUCGAUACCUAGUUUUGAUGCUACAAAUUAUCUCUCUAUUUUCUUGUGAAUAUAACAACUGGAUAUUGCUUUAAACAGAUGGCCUGUGUAUAUUUCAUACUUGUAAUGAAGCAGUUAAAAUCUCACAGGGAUUGUCUCCAGGGAACUUGCAGCUUGUGUCUUGUUUGAAUACUCAUGAUGUAUCACAUUUUUGUUCAGUGUCUCCUUCCUAAGAGUACUUUUGUACUGUAACUUAUUUUUUAUUAUGCCUGAAUCACUGUGUAAAUAAACCCUUAGUA